AUGUACGGCGACCGCGAGGAUUUCGACACGCCGUCGAUGAAUUUCGGGCUGUUUAUGCAUAAGGCCACGUGUCCCGGGUCGGGCGUCCUGCCGGCGAUGACGGCGCGCCAUGCGGUUGAGUAUUAUGAUAAGCUCUUCAAGUGGUGGACGCGGCUCCGCGCCGUCGACGUCGAAGCGAAGCUCUCGGAGCUCGUCGCCGUCGCGAACGCCUACGAGAUGGGCCCCUACUUCGCGGAGAGCCAUUAUGGGGAGGAUCAUCUUGUUGGGAACACCUACGUCGUCCUCGCGAUGAUCUGCAUGGCCGCGGGCGCGCGCGUGCCGCCCGAGCUCGCCCAGGCGUUCGCCAAGGCCGCCGAGAACGAGGCGCGGCGCGUCCGGGCCGCGGGCGCGCCCGUGGACUCCAUCGCCGUCGCGUACCGCCGGACUUUCGCCGCGAUGGUCCACGACCACGACUUCUCGGACAGCAAGACGCGCAUGUUCAUCCGCGAGGCCUUCGGCCCCCGGGAGCUCAACUUCUACGCGCACGUCGAAGCCGGAAACAUCGUCAUCGGCGACCGGCGCGACUACGCCAAGGGCGACAAGAUUUCGCGCAGCGGCAUGCGCAUGGCCUGGACGCCGUCCAAGGACCAGCCCGUGCCGCGCAUGGGCACGCAGGGCCUCGGGCGCGCGACGCUCUCGCCGUGGGUCAACACGCCGACGUGCCACGAGCUCGCGGCGCAGGAGCCUCCCGUGGUGGCGCCCUUCGCGCCGCCGGACGUCGACGACAACGCGUCGCCGCCGACGCUCGAGGGCGUGAGCGUCUACCAGUUCAAGCGCGCGCCGCCGUCGAUCGAGGAGCUCAAGCGCGAGCACGCGGCCAACGCCGAGAGCUACGAGCCGACGGAGCCGUUGGGGCCUGACGGAAAGUCCGCGCAGCAGAUCGUGGACGAAAAAGCCGACGACAUCCGCGACUUCUACGAGGCGGCCUUCGCGGACGCGUCGAGCGGCGGCAAGAAGAAGACGCGCCGCGGCGGCAAGAAGAAGAAGAAGAAGAAGCAGCCCGAACCGGCGGCGUCCGAGGCCGCCGGGCGCCUCGACGCGGCUUCCAUCGGCGUCGUCGUCGCCGCCGCCGCGAAGCGGAUCGCGGUGCUCCAUCGCGCCAAGGGCGACCACAACUUCGACGACGAGGACCUCGUCGGGCGGAGCUACGGCGAGAAGCUCCUACCGUUCAUCACGACCCUCGUGGACCCGGCGGAGCCCAUGCCCCCGCAGCUCAUGGUAUUGGCGGACUUGAUCGAACAGGGCGAGACCGACGACGUCCUCACCGAUCUCACCUUCGCCGAGCGGGCUCCCGAAACGCCCGGGAGCAUGGAGAAAGUCAUCAGCGUCCCCGCCUGGAGCAGCGACGACGAGGACACGUACGAGGACACGGACGAGGAGACCGUGACCGAAGACGAGGACACGGACGAGGAGACCGUGGCCGAAGACGACGUCGUCGACCCGUCGCUGCCGCCGGCGACGGAGGCCGCGCUGCGGUCCGAGAACGCGCGCCUGCGCGAGCGACUCGCGGCCGCGGAGGCGCGCGCGGCCGCGGCGGAGGCGAGCCUCGCGGCCAACGCCGCCGCGCCCGCGGCUCCCGUGUACAACUUCCUCUGA